AUGGUGUUUAAAACGAUCAAUCUGAAAACAAUAUUUGCCCCUGCAAGUAUUGGAGCGCUUGUUGGUUUUGCAAUCGGAGUCAUCCCUCAGAUUCGAAAAUUACUGAUAGGAGAUGGUGCUCCUCUACGGGUGAUUCAAGAUACUGCAUAUUUGUUGGGAGACGGAGCCAUCCCAGCUCUCACUUUGAUAAUAGGAGGAAACCUACUUCAAGGUUUGAGAGGGUCAGGGAUUCAGAAAUCUCUUGUCGUUGGCAUCAUAGUUGUUCGAUAUGUUGCCCUGCCUCUUAUAGGCGUCUUGGUUGUAAAAGGGGCACUGAAAUUUGGGUUGGUGCACUCUGAUCCAUUAUAUCUGUUUGUUCUUCUGCUUCAGUUUUCACUCCCACCUGCGAUGAACAUAGGAAUAAUGACGCAGUUAUUUGGAGCAGGAGAGAAUGAAUGUUCCGUUAUCAUGCUGUGGACUUAUGCUUUCGCUUCACUGUCACUUACAUUCUGGUCCGCCGCCUUCAUGUGGCUUGUGGCGCGACUGUGAAUCAAAAUUUACAUGAAUUCUGUCUAAUACAAGUGUAGGUAGUUUGUCAGAAGAAAUAUUACGAAGCUCCAACCCGAGUCCGCCGGGAAUUAGGAAGCUCUCAGUUCAGUUCCUUCCCGUCAUCGGAUUGAACAUGCAGAGCCAGCGUUCGACUCCACAGGCUACCCAGAUGACGCAUCUAGUGGUUUGUGGCUACGAUUUGGUCAGAGAAGUAAAAAUGGUGGUGACUGGUUCUCGGUGGUUUAGAGAGAAGGGCAGAGGAGUGUAAACGUAAGUAAAUCUAUGAAAUUGUAUACAGAAGGUUUAGAGAGAGAAUAGCUCAGAGAAGAGAGAGAGAGAGAGAGAGAGAGAGAGAAUGAAAGUUCUUGAUAUAUUUCUUGAUCACUAAGUAAUACAGAUGUUGAGAUAUU